AUGCCGCGCACGACCAUGCCGCGCGAGCUGGGAAACAAAGCCUCGCGGCCGCGCAACCUGUCUCGCGUACCACGGCCGAUGGCGCCGUCCGAGCCGGGCAACUACGUCCCGCGUCCGGCCAAGAAUUCAUCGGCCAAUCUUCAUCCGUCCGACCACAGCGGCCGACCACGCAUCCGUCCGGCCACGACCGUUCCGAUCGUACUAGGAGCGGCCAUGAUCUCUUCUGGUGUGGCUAGAAGGUGUUCUUCUUGGUGUGAUGCGGCUUGGCUAGACGUCUCCAGGUCGGCUGCUUCAAGGUAA